CGAUUGCUCAAUCUACUUGAGAAUGAAACAGCAGUGAAGUGUUUUUAACUAUGGCUGACCGAGCUUGCAGAAACUUCAAACCAAAUGUCUUCAAUAGUAGCAAGUGUCAAAACUGCUUCAAGCUCCGCGAAGCACACAGUUCUUCCGUUACUGGCCCAGACGUGCCUCAUCAAAUCGUUUCCCGAAAACAGUCUGCUCAAAAGGUACGAAAACAGUAUUAGCAAUCGUCUACAUAUUUUCGAUGCGAUCGCACAAAUUUUAAUCGGCUUGUACGCGCGAGACCCGUUUAUAUUCUACCGUAUAUUGUCAUUUUACAAUUCACUGAUUUUGAAUCUUGUCUUCGAAUUCUAAGUGAACAGGUUCUAUUUUUUUGUUUUAUAUAAGGUUUAUCCAAGGAUCAGAACUGUAGUAAAAUCGGGAGUGCUUUGUAUCACAAACCAAGACUCCCUCGAGAAAGGACGAGUUACUCCAACGGUGAGUGACACGAUAUAUUCCUUGCACCGUUUGGGAAUUUGUUGAUAUUUAUUAUUGUUGAUGAGGAAUGUAUAUUUGUAACGCACCUGUUUUGUCUUGUUUUAUUUAUUCUCCAGCGAUGGAGUAAACGUUGGUUUGUGCUAAAUUCCACCGGAACACUCGAUUAUUUUUAUCACGACGAAGAGAAGGUAGGAAAUUUAUUUUCACGUUGCUGAAAUUAACAACGCUAGGUAAAUACACUCCAUCCGAAACUUUCACUCGAGACGAGCUGAGCUGUAUUUCUAGUCAAUAUAACUUUUCAUUUCAAAAGGGCAUGACUAAAUUUUUUUUCUUCAUUCUUUUUAAUAUCUUACUGAGACUUUUGUUUAUGUUCACCUUUGAAAUCAGCGCUGAAAAAUAUUUUGUUUAGAAGUUCAUGUUUCUUGCAUACAAAUUGUAUAGGCGCCCGACUUCACUCACUGCGGGCAAAUAUUUGCUCUUCACUGGAAAGAACUUAUUUUGACAUGUGAGAUUUUAAUUUUGUAAUAGAGUGGUUUUUUGAAUAAUCUUUUGAUGCUUAAGUUGAUGUAUAAUUCUUUCGUUGGUGCAUGCUAGAGAGACAGUGUAACUGUGCAAGCGCAAGCAUGCACAAUAUUCUCUCGGUUUUCAAAGUUUGUAAUGGAAGGAAGGGCUUGUAAACAUGGAUCAGACGAACUGUUUAAAAUUUCUUCACUCGGUUUCGGUGUUGGUUAAAUUACUCGCGGUGAAAACUGUUUGAUGUUUUUGCAUACAUGCACUUAUGAUUGAUCCGAAGUAGUUAUUGUUUCUGCCCUCGGGAUAGAAAAAUUUCUUUGCGGUCUAAUUAUGACCCUUGGUAUGCACAAGUUUAGAUUCCUAACCAGUCUGUUAGAAGUGUCGUUAUUUCAAUCGUGGGCUUGAGAGUUUGUUUGAUUUAGUUCCAACUGAAGGUAAACGAAUACUCUGCAGUUGCAAUCUGCAGUACGUUAUUGUGUAUAUUUUCCCAGUACAAAUGAACUAACCCUCAAAGUGGUGUAAUUAAUAAAUUUUGCAUCAAAAUUCUCUUCCAUAAAUGAUUUCAUGUUUUCAGAAACCUAGAACAGUCAACACUUACAUGCAGAACAUAUGUUCCUUGUUAUUAACACUGAAUGCACUUUGAUUUUGAGGAUAAUCAUUUUGAUGACAUUCGUCUCACUAAAUCUAUAUGUUUUCAUUUUAUGAACAAUUAACCUUUAUAAAAUGAGAUUAAUUUCUUGUUGUGGUAGUUGUCAGUGUAACAGGAUUAUUUAUGAAAAACAGAAAUCCUUUUUUAAUCCCCAUUAAUCCUGCAACUACUAAAAAGGUGAUUCAUCCAUCUCAAAUUUCCAUGUCAGAGAGCAGAAUCACUUGUCAACAAUUUUGUGUUAGGUUCACAUUUGAAAUCUACAGAAAUGAUUCCUCUUAUAUUUUACCUCAAAUUUCAUUUCGACUUUGAGAUUACUGGAGCAAUUUACAUGCACAUGUAUGGGAUCCAAGUUUAAGUGCUAUUUAAUAUUAGAAUUUUUCUAGGAAAGACUUUUACCAAAUCGUAAAUAUUCAACCUGAAUUUUUUUUUCUGUCAUUGUGAGUCUGUGGAAAUGACACCAUUGUCUGGUCCCUUUCGUUGACACUUUACAUUGUUUGUAAGAAUAUAUGUUACAAAAAAAGAUGUACGUUGUAGCAUUUACUUCAUCUUUUGAUUUUGUGUGGUCUUGGGGUAUGAAAGCAUUGGCAGUAUGAAAACAGUUCUAAUGGGGUAUCUCACUAGAAUUUUUUUGUUGGGGAUAAUACACUGAAGAAUGAAGAAUGAGUAAAUUCAGUUAAGUUACCAUGGCAUUUUAUUUUCUCUGUUUACAGUUAACUUAGGGAGAAGGCAGUCCAGGCUUUGAACAUUUCAGCCCUGGCUUAAUUAUCCUUUAAGCCCAAUAGAGUGAUCAGCAUCAAAUUUCUCCUAACAACAUCACUGUCAAAUCAAAUGUACAAGUAAAGAGAAUGAAUGAAAUGAUCAGCACUGAUUAAAUUUCUUGAUAUUUGAACAAAUUCUCUCAAACAGUACAUUAAGAAAUAUAUGGAGAACAGUGAAGAGAAUAUAAUGUUGAUAUCAGGGCUUAAAGGGUUUAACUUAAGAGGAGUAUGGCUUAAAGUCUUCAUUUUAAGACCUACAGUAACCUGUAUUUUAGGCAAAUUGGUGUGCUAAACUAUUGGCCUUCAGAUCAGAGGUAAAAAAACUUAUAUGUACAACUAAUAUGAUUAAAAGAAAAGUGGCAAUUUUCAGUGAUACCUUUGGGGUGGCCAUAUGUGGUCUCUUGGCUUUGGUUUGCUACAAAUCUGCCUACACGAGCGUCCUCGUGUUAAAUCCUGUCAACCAAUUAACAGAAAAGUAUUGUAAACAUGUAUCUCACAAUAAGGAAUUUUAUGAAUGAAGGCUGCCUUUGCCACUAGGUUCAAUUUAGUAACCCACGUCACAGAAGUCGCGAAAUUUCCCUGCUGGUUGAGAAAGUCUAGAACUAUGACAGAAGCCCACAAAAUAAAAUUGUUAGCCUGCAGCACUUCAAAAGGUACAUGUACCAGUCAGCAUAAUUUAAAUAAAGUACUCAGAGACAGUAGUUGUGUAUACUUUUUGUUUUUCUGAAUUGACUUCAUUUUCUGGUUGAGGAUCGGCUCGGAUCAUAACUUGCAUGUUUUUUUAAAAUAACUUACCAUGAAUGAUCUAAAAGAUUAGACACUGGGGGUCCUAGUGGAGGUGUUUAUGGUGGAUGAGAGGUGUUUAUUCUCAUAACUGUAACAAGCUCAACAAUAAUGUUUUUGGCGAAAAUAUCAAGAGAGUUUAAAAAGCGGAAUAUGCACUUCACUAAAUGAUGUGUCUAGACCAUCUAGAGAUUGAUAUCACUCUUUCAAAUUCCAGCAUCGAUAUCAGAAUCCUCGCUCAGGGUUAUUGUGUUGUCAUCGUUAGUCUAUCCUAAUAAAACAAUAAUAAUAAUAACAUAUUUAACUAGGGUAAACCCAUCAGCUGAAGCCGUUAUAAAUGGGUGCCCUGGGCAACUUAAUAUCAUAUCCUUGCUUGGAACUUGACAUUGAACGAGAUGAAAUACGUAAAGCCUUGUUAAUCAAGCAAGAAACUGAAUAAAUUGAAUGACUUUGCUCCUUUUUGCUAAUUCCUAGUAUUUUAGAGUAAUAAAUUUAUUCUCGUAGGGGGUGUCUAUUAGACAAGGUCAGUUAUUAGAGAGGGGUGUCUAACAAAACAGCGUAGAGGGGGCGUUUAUUAGUUUUUUUUGCCGUUCUUGUUGCUGUUGCUGUCCUCGUUGCUUAAGCUCGCUAUUGUUGUGAUCCCAAAAUUUUGUUGCCAUGGUAACGUGAUGUCACACGUCUUUUCUUGAUUAACCUCCCAUAGUAGUGGUCACCUAAGUAUUCCUUAUACUGUUCUUGGAUUAUUGAGGAUUGUUGUUGUAAGCUGUUAGCUCCAUUUAGAGAGAAUUAUGUGUCUGCUUACUUAGUUUACUGUUGAGAACUUCAGCUGUAUUCUGCUACAGUAUUUACACUGCCUUUUAUUUUCACAGAAUUGCUCAACAGAGUGUCUAGAUGGCACAGUCAAUCUUGACCUUUGCAGUGGCAUGUUUGUUGGUGAGGGCGACACAGGGGAACCAUUCUCAAUUGGUUUGAAGCUUGGUAAAAAGACCUAUUACCUGAAGGCGGAGAACAGGCUUGAAUUGGAUAACUGGUCACGGGUGCUGAAGCCAUUUGUUCAAGCUUCCCCUGCAUAUAUUCCACGUCGUAACUCUAGCACUAGCAGUGCCAGCUCAACUGAAUCAGAUGUGUUUACCUCAAGUGAGCAAAUUUUAUAUUUUUCUUUUCCCUUGAGUGUGAUGUUAAACAGGGCAAUUCCUUUCUUUAACUAUUAUUUUGUAACACAAAGAAUACAAAUAUAUGCAAUUUUUAAGUAAAAGUCUAAGUACAUGUGAGCUAACUUUUUUUUAGCUAGUUAAUAGGGACACCACUUAAAUAAUAUCAUACUGAAAAAUAUGGAAUAAUGCAGAUGUGAAGUACUAUGGAAUAUCUUUAUCUUUGUCAGGUUCUUCAUCUAGUGUUGGGCGUGUCCCUAGUUUUGGGAAGUCUACUGUUUCCCGAGUGGCCUCAACCCCUCUCAGCAGCAUGCCUGCAAGUACCAGAGCAUCCAUGAACACGGAGGAAAAACAAACAUCAGUGAGUACUUUCUUGCCCUUUUAGAUCGAUUAAUAAAUACAUUGUGAAAGGUUUGAACCCAGGAGUCUUUUCAUAAGUACGUUGAGUAUGAUCGUCCAAGUGCACAUAGUCCUGAGCACAAUGUAGGACUGUUGUUGAUGACAGAGACUGACGUUUUGACAACCUGUGUGGUAGUCAUCCUCAGAGUCAAAGUGAGUUGUAUCGUAUUAGUUGAUGUUAUUAAACUCUGGUUAUUGACCUGAAUGGUGAAUUAAGUCCUGAUGUUAUUGGUUGUCUGUCAGUGAAGCUGUGAUGUUAUUGGCUAUGAGACUGAUAAUGUCAUUGGUGCGUUUCGAUCCGUCGAACGGUCAUACUCAGCAAAUAUUAAGAUUUGGGGUUAUUUUAGUCUAAAACAUUGGACAUAAAGUUUAGCCGUGUCCAUGUCACAUAUAAACAUAUAAAGACACUAAUUAACGAUUAAUUCUUUUCUUUUUUCUUUAUGAAUUUUUAAUGAGUUUCUAAAGCUCUUGUAAGCGACCACCCACUAUUUCUUUUACAAUGCUCUUACUUAUGAGAACGCUUUCUUGUCAGCGACCAGCUCUAGUUACGACCAAUUUUUCGAAUUUCCGAGGAGGUCGCUUACGAGAGCUUCGACUGUAUUACUGAUACCGGGUGAAGAAAAGAAAUAUGACUUUUGCGUUUCCUUGUUUGCUUUGGAAUAUUAAACAGCAAUGAAAUGUGAGAUAAUUUACAGGUUGCUGUGUAUUAUUAAUUCAGUUUUGGCCAGCUAUCCCCUUAGUAUCAAUUAGAUAUGUGCCUACAUGUAUCUCUGUUAUAGGAUAACCAACCCCCACCGUUUAUAAAAGUUGAUUUCGUCUCUUUGAAAUCUUAUUUUUAGCUGCAACUGGAGAAACUUAAAGAUGAAAACAAACGCUUAAGGGAACAGAGUGUGUUAUCUGCGAGGCAAAAGGACUCAACACACAUGCUUGAGCAGGAGCUGAAAGCUAAAGAAGACAGAAUUAAAGAACUUGAAAAAGAAAACGCACAGUGUAAGGAUUAUCAGAAGGCAGUUAUGUUUCAGGAAAAAGAACUGCAAGAGUCUAGAACUAAACUCAAAGAUCUGAAACAACAGUUGGAAGAAAGAGAUAAACUCCUUCAGCAGCAUAAAGGAAAAAUUUCUAUCCAUGCUAAAGAGCUUGCUGAAGCUAAAGCUGAUUUACAGGAAGCAAACAGCAUUAUUGGAAUUCAUAGAGCUAAUAUUGAAUCACUGAAAAGCGAACUUUCUUCCAUGAAAGGAAGCGGAAAAGAAAAGCUUAUUUUAGCUGGCGAGGAACCAGAGAGUGAUCAAGUUUUUAGCUUGAGGGCUGAAGCAAAUGGACAUGGAGGAAAAAGUGACCAGCCAAAUCUAGAAUCGAAACUUUCUAUUCUUAUGCAGAAGCUUAAACAAAACGAGCGGGAAUUGUUAGUGAAGUCGAAAGAGCUUGAGAAAGCGAACGAAAGUCGUUCGAAAGUCGCAAAGUACACGAGAUCUCUUUUGCAAGAGCUCGAGUCAAAACUAAGCAACAAUGAAAGAAAGCUCGCCGAAGUAGAAAAUCAACUUGUGAAUAAAAAUCUCGAACUUGAAUAUGAACAGAAACGAAGGUUGAAAGUUGAAGAGGAGAAUAACCGAUUAUGUACAGAACUGGAAUCGCUUUCGGAUGAACGCAAGAAAGAUGGACUUUCAAAAGAAGUUGUCGAGCUGUUGAACACAGCGAAAGAACGGGUGGCCUCGGAAACUAUUACAGCUACAAGUACAUCCUCCGUGGAAAAGCUCCCUGAGCCGAAAUUUGAAAAGCUCCAGAAAACGUCAAGCGAUAGCGCAUCGCUUGUUGAGGAACUCGGUCGGUUGAAAUCUUCUCUUGAAUUGGCGGAAAAUGCGUCGAAAAAGAAUGAGGCCAAACGUAAAGAAAAUGAAUCGGUUUUAAAGUUGGCUAACAGAGAAAAUGAGCGGCUGAAGGACUCUUUGAAAGAUAAAAAACAAGAAAUAGAAAGCUUGAAAAGCCAGCGACAUGCAAUUGAGGGUGAUUUGAAAAGAAAAGGAAAUGAAAUCGAGACUUUGCAGAAGGAACUGAGGAAACUGGAAGACAGAAAUGCCGAUGUGUUGGAGAAGAAUCGAGAAUUGGAGGAGAGACUUCAAACGGUCGAAAGCGAGCUCACUGAAAGCAUGGAACGGGAGAUAUUCCUUCAAACUGAGAACGAGACGGACGAGGGAGAGCGCUGGGAUGUGAAAGAACGAAUUGUUGGUUUAGAGGAGGAAAUUUCAAUUUACAAGGACAAAGUUCGUGAACUCGAAGCUAAGUUAUCGGAGCUUGAAGAAGCAAAUGACUUGCGUGUCGCGUCGGGUAAAAACCGUCUGCUUGAAUUAGAGGAACUUUUGAAACGUAAAGAUAACGAAUUCUUCGAAAAUGAAAGAACGUAUGCAAAACGAGAACGGGAGUUGAGGAAAGAAGAAGAAGCUAAGCGAGAUGCGAUGGAAAUCGAAUUUAAUCGGGAUAAACUUCGUCUCGAAGAACUAGAGACAAAAUUAAGAGAUGCCCAAGACCUCUUUCAAUCUGAGGCUAGAAAGAUUAAGGAAAAAGAUAAUGAACUAUAUGAGCUUAAAAAGCAAGUUAAAGUAAUGGUAUUCAGAGAGGAUGCGGAAAGACACAUCGACGAACUUGAACUGGAAUUGAAAGACAAAGAAAAGAACUUGUCUGAAACGGAAAAGUCACUGAUACAGGCAAACGAAAAGAUUUCUGAGUACGAACAAAAACUAAGGGAUUAUGAGUCAGUUGAGAAAGUGCCUGACUCGAAGCGUGCUGUUGAUCUGGUAAAUAAAAUUCGAGUGUUAGAAAACGAACUCGAGGAAAGUAGAGAAAGACUAGCCACCGCUGAGGAGAAACUAAUGGAUUAUGAAGUCGAGGAAAAACUCCUUAGUGCUGAGCUUCAAAAAAGCAAAAGAGACGACGAAGAAAUCAACGUGGUUGAGUUAAAGAAAAAGCUAACGGAUGCUGAAGAGCGUAUCAAAAAGUACGAAGAUUUUGCCAAGGAUAAAAACUUGAAACUUAUAGAGAGCGAAGAGAAAGUACUAGAAUUAGCUGAAGAGUUAGCGAGAAGGUUGACUGUCGAACAAGAAACGGCUGAAUGGAUUGAAGGAGUGGAAAGCAAUCUUUCUGUCAGAGAAGAAGAGCUCGUCAAAACUCGAGAAAAUCUAAUCCUUAAAGCCAAGCAACUUGACGAAGAGAAAUGUGGUAUUCUAGACGUGAUGGAGCUUUCAAUGAAGUACAUCAAAGAGUUGGAAUUAGCCAUCAGUGAGGAAAAAGGGAAUUCUAAGGAGCUGGAGAGACAACUUGACGACGAGAGAAUGCGAGUGAGCCAGGUGGUGGAAGAAAUGAAGGAAACUAAAGUCUUAGAGGGUCAAGAUGUCGUCAACGAAAGCGUGAAAGUGGAAGAAAUGGUAGAACGUUUAGCGUCCUGCGAAAAGAGACGGGAAAUAGAGGCAACGCGGGUGAAACAACUACAAACAGAGCUGGAAGAUUCGAAGAGGAAAUUCGCAGAAGAACUGAUCGUGGAAAGAAAUUUGCACGGUGAUGAACUGCGAAAGUUAAAUGAAGAAACAUUACAAGUGUCUGGAGCGGCUACUUCUGAGGACGACGAACUAAAAUUGCGCCUGACGUCUCGAGUUAUAACUUUGCAGUCUGACAUCAGCGAACUUAAAGCUUCGCAUCAGCAGGAGAUGGAAAAAGUACGAGCGCAACAUAAAAAGGAAUUAGAGAACGCUCGCCGGGAAGCCAUCUUGGAAAAUAGCGUCAAGGAAGUAAUUCCAGAAAGUGGGGUGGAAAUGGACUCUAGAGUGAGUGAGCUUGAGACGGAGUUGAAAGAAAUGACCGAAAGGUAAGCAGCCUCGCUUGCAAGGCGUAAUUUUUUUUCCAGCAUAUGAAAGUACUCCCGAAGGGAUAUGAAUAAUUAUCGUUUUAACGGUUACAAAACACAACGACUGAUUUUAAACUCCAAAGUUACAGCACUUCUAGUAAACUGGAGUAUGUAUGGUCCAAUUUUAUCCCUGGUUCUUAUUUUAGAGUUUCCUUUUUUUCAGAUUCAAAAUCAUACUAAAAACGAAGGAAAUACUCAUUUAAUCGAAGGAUAAAAUUGAAGUAUAUUCCAAUUAGCUAGUUACACUUAGAACGAUUACAGUCCCCCAAUUGUCCCCAAGAUCAAUCGAGCAGUUAUCAAAAGGGUAGCCAUCUUCGCUAAAAAUCCCGCUAGGGGGGCACUCCCUUACUUGGUCGAAAAGGGUACAGCUGUAUGUGCCGCCGAGCAGGGUAUGGUUUUCAGGGUACAGGGUGUACAAUUUCACUAUUUAAUGUCUUAAACGGGGUAUCUUUUUGGAUCGGACGCCUUUAGAAAUAGUGUGAAGGUUGGCGGUUUCCUUUUUGCUGCAUUCUACUUCCAAACAUUCUAAUUCCAUGAAAUUGCGUUUAAAAAAUACAUAAGACCAGAAUUCGUUUCGUUUUUUCUUUCAUAUUUAAAUUUGGUAAUCCCAGCAAGGUUUAGAUAACAAAGGCCCUAAUGUGCACAAGAAAACAAUUGUUGGUUUUCACAUGACGUCACCAAAAUUCAAACUAAAAAACUAUCGAUCCUACCGAGAUUUUACUUUCACGAUGCAUUAGAGUAGCUGAAAACUAAUUUUCAUACAAAUUUUCGCUUCAAAAUGGGUCUUGGUUUUGUGAUAGAGUACGCCUGAAUUUCUAAGCUUUUGCGUGACAUGGUAUUUACAUGACGGCCAAGGGAGCUGUCAUGUAGGAUAAAAAAAUGACUUAUUUCAGGAGAUUUUGCUAUCUAAACAGUUCACGUAUUAGAAAAAGUAUUACUUUAAUGUUUAUGAGUUUCUCGAAGAAUAAAUUCACGCUUUUGUAGCCAAACACGGUAACAGAUGUUUCUGUUGGUUUCCGUCCGCCAUGUUGGAGCUCAUCCAGGUGAGCACCAGCAUGGCGUCUCCAUACAAAUCUCUAUAAGUUUGAGUAAAACAUUUAUUCGGGCAUCUCGUAUACGAAAUAUUCCUCUGACCUGUAUCUUGGCGAGGGUCUUUGCAUAUUUACCUCCUUUCAUUUCCCAGAUUCUGGACUUUAUCUAUUGAACGGUUUUGAUUUUUAUUUUGAUCUAUUUUGAAUGGCGUGACACUGAAAACCAGCAAUACCCGGAAGUGUUCUAUUAGUAGUGGUAAAAUGACUCCAUCGUGCAAAUGGCCUACAUUUGUAUUCUGUAUGUGAAACGAAAUAAAUCAGGGUUAGGGUCUGUUUACAAGGAGAGACUGUGACCCUAGCAAGCGGGUUAAAUUUAGCUCUGGUUUACAAGCAAAUUUCACAGGUAGGGUUACCCUGUCACCGUGUCAACUUUACCAGCUUUGCUGACGUGUUUCGUCAUGCGUGACAUUUCUUUGUAACGUCCAAAAUUUCCAAAAAUACUUGAAGUUCUCUAUGGAAAACACGUUGAAUUCACUAGAAAACGGGAAAAUAUUAUCACCGUAUGUAGAAAAUACCCUAUAUUGUUCAGAUGUUUAUAAUUGAGCUCAGAAAUUGGAUAAUUCCGUUCAAAUUGUCAACACGCAUGACAGAGGAAAGUUGUACCGGGUAGGCGAGUUAUCCCUAGCAGAGCGUUUACAAGGCAGGUAGGGUAACCCUGGCACUCAGGCAAGGUUACCCUAUGUACAGUGCUAGGGUAACCCUACCUGCCUUGUAAACACGUCGUGUAAAAAGAGAAGAAAUGUGCGAGUGCUAGGGUAACCCUGGUCCUUGGGUAACCCUAGCACCAGGGUUACCCUCCCUCCUCGUAAACAGGGCCUUAAAGUAAUGUUGCUUGUGCUAAACAGGGUUGCGUAAUGAAAGUUUUUUGUCUUGAAAGGACUCGGCGGCACACUCCUACCCAAACUUUCCUUGAGUGCCCUCCUCCCCCCCCCCCCCCCCCCCCCCCCCCCGCCCGCAACAAAACACCAACAACAAAGAGGGGGGAAGAUUUCUUUUUUUUUUUUUUUUUUUUUUUAAAUCGAGAAACAAACACAACGCCCCCACACACCCCAAAACCACAGUCACCACGUUAUCGUCCAACAAAUAAAAAAACAAUGAGAGUUUGUUUAUCUACUAGACCUACGCCCCCGCCCAACACUCUCCUCUUUCCCUCCUCGCUAUGAUUCCUACCUGUUGUUUCUCUAAUUAAAUUUAUGUCUGACGAAAAUCCCCGCACCCCACCCCCUCCCAAUCGUUUGUUUACUGCCCCGCCCCCCCCCCCCCCCCCCGAGCGAGCGCUCGAUAGUAACAACCUAUCGAAAAGGAGGGGACUUAAUUCUUAGUUGUACUCUUAUUAUUCAGUUAUUAACUUUGGAGUGGAAAACCGCUUCCGAUUCAAAGAAGAUCUAAGGUGUUUAGAGCGUCAAAAAAAGACUGACUGAAUUCUAGCACAAGAAAAACGGCGAGAAGAAGUACACGUUUUUCCCUCUCUCCCUUGUCAUUUUUGCUUGGCUCUCCACUUCGUCCUCCCCUUGUCCUACUAUCUGAACUCCUUGGAAUGCUAUUCUAAACUCACCUUUAGCUUUAACUGGCGUUUCCUCGUUUCUUCAGUCUAUCGGCCUCUUGAAGAGGUUGCAGUGACUUUCCGAGAGCGACGACCUUUCUAGUAAAUCCUUCCUCGGGGUAGAAGAGACCAGAAACGCAUAAGAUGAGUUCUAAUUGGAAGAGUAGGUGGGGUGUCGAUGUCAUCAGUCGAUGUUAUCAAGCUUUUUCCAUUACGUCAUCCCAGCGCAGACCCUACAAGUUUCCAGGGUGUUUUCUCCUCACAACUUACCCACAAUGUUUGGGAACGCAUAUAGCAUAAUUAAUUAGCCAAAAAAUGGGUAACGGCUCUUACAUCAGCCCUUUUACUGCCGUCGUUUGUACAAGGAUCAAAAGUUCAACUAAUUAAGUCGUCCUUGGUAUUUGUUGACGUCGGUAAACAUGCAAACUUACGGCCAGGUCAAUCGAAGUUAGAAUCGCAUUGAAGAGCACAAGAGACUGUGCUACGCGGAGUGUUCAUUUAUGAAGAGCGUUUGAGGGCGUUAUAUGGAUAUCAGAUCGUUGCGUUCCACUGUAUACAAAGCAGGAAUGAGGUACUUGAAAGCUUCUAGCUUUCAUUAGGCAUGAGAUCUUCAUGCUCCAACACAAACAUCUGCUGUUGUGACGGAUGCAAGGUUAGACUAUACCAGAAAGACUUAUCCUCUGUUCACGCUUCUGCCUUUUUUUCUGGUAGAUAUGAAAGUCAAAUGGAACUGUUAAAGAAGAGUCAUUCUCGAGAGAUGGACAAACUUAAGCGGAGCAGUGGAGACGGCACAGAUGGCCUGCAGACCGAGGUUGUUCAGCUUCAAGUCGAAAUGGAGAACAUGAGCCAAAAAUACAUGGAGGAGAUCGAAAGUCUCAAGGUACGUGUUUUGUCAAUUUUUUAACUGAUCGACCUCCAACCUCUCAAGAAUGGCCGAUAACGAAUCUGACCAUCUUUCUCAAGUUUCCUUUCGAAAACAAUGUCAAAGUGGUUAAUAUUGCCACGGCAAAUUACUGUUCUACUCAACAGCUUUUUAUUUGAAUGGCCACACUGUGAGCUUUCUUCAACAGAUUCGAGACUUUAAGGGCCUCGCUAAAUGACUUGACUCUUUUUUUUUUUUGAGUAAUCAAACUGCGGGGUCAACUUAUUACGGCUAACGUCUCCAUUGUUAUCAUAAUGUCAAAAAUCCAGAUGUUUAAAGUGGCUCAGUAAGGCUAUUUUUGGUUUUGUUGUCGUCGUUGUAACUGUACCGACUGUGCGCUUUUAACCCAACAUGAACAGUAAGUCUUGCGAGAUAACUUUUAUCUAUUUGAACAACAGCGUUUACACUCUUCUUCCGUGAGGUUGUUUGAGACUGGAUGUACUUGUCUUGUUAACCUUUUGGUUUUUCGAACAAUUUCCUGCUGCGUAUAAUAACACUUAAUUAGUGUUGCUCAGUUCCUGUAGGAUGAAUGCGGCCAUACAUACAUAGAUAGGUAAACGGAAGAUGGAUAUGAGGUAAACGGAUCGUAGACGGGUGACGGUAUCCACACCUGCACAAUGGAAACCAGACAACCUUGUAAAUAAUUUACUGAAGACUUAAUGAACACUUUAGCAAAAGCAAAACUCACCCCCCCCCUCCCCCGCCACUCCUUGGAAUUUCUGUUAUGCUUGCGUGAUUCGCUUAUCUCACAGCCCCCGUUAAAAAUUGAGACUAAAGUGUUCACAUUCUCUCUAUUUUCUGAAUCAAUUGAACAGACACGCGACCAUCAGAGCUCGCACGUUAGUCGUAAAAAUAGGAGAAAUUAUGAGUGUGGAAAAAUUGUGAACCGGUAAAAGCGAGACUGGAGCUGGCUAACAUGGUUUUUUUUACUGUCACGCAAUUCUUCUCUCAUAUAAUCACGCACGUCUGGUUUCCGUAUGAUCUGAAAUUCGACCAGAGACCGGUCUGUUUCACGUAGCACUGAGACAUCUCCUCUCCUCAGCGAUUGUUUGCUACUAUAAAUAGGAACGUUUGUGUGCGGUUUCUGAGAUCGGGAUCGUCUGCAAUCUUCCGCGUCGACGCCGAUUUUUUUUUCGGCUUUUUCCCCCACUGCGGAGCUUGGUCCCAUGCUAUCAAUAGGGAGUUUAAGCAGUGACGUUUGUGAGCGACGUACGUCAACCGGAAGUAGACUUUUUGCACUCCAGGGCCGUGAUAUUAAACAUAUACUUGGGCAAAUCGUUUCCAUAAGAGUCAAGACACUUAGCAGUACAAAUUUGGUAGCUUGAAGGCAUAUUAAAUGGGAAAAGGCUCACUUCCGGUUGACGUGCAAUGCUAAAAAACGUCGCUGCUUAAACUUCCUAAUGUCUUACUAACCUCGUUUUCUCUAUCCGUACCGUAAGUUCCGGAUCCUCGUUUCUUUCUGUUGAUUCUGCUCAGACGAAUCAAAACUCUAUUAAUUCACCCUUUCCCUUGAGGGAAGUCAUUAAGGUGGGGGGGGGGGGGGGGCCACCGGGGGAACCCACCCUUUCCUUCCCCCCCCCCGGGCAAUUCCGGGUUUUUCCCCCCCUUUUGGCCCCCCCCCUUUAUCUUUUUUUGUUUUUCAAAUUUUAACCUUUUUUUUGAUUUUCCCCUUUUUUUCCGCUUUCCGCUUUUUUAAACAUAACAUGAACCCUCCUUUUUUUCAUGCUUCCUCUUUUAGAUGUGUGUCCUUUUUCUUUUUUGUUUCUGUAAUCAACGAAAACGAAAAUUUUAUAGAUGUCAGCGCUGGGUCGGGGGAGGAAUGUGAGUGGGGGGGGGGGGGGGGGGGCGACAGGGGGAAUCCAAGCCUUCCUUCUCCCGCACCGUGCAAUUCCGGCUUUUGCUCCUCCUUUUGGCCUCCUCUCUUUAGCUAUUUUUCGGUUGCAAAUAUUAAGCAUUGUUGUGUAAUUCCCCGUUUCUUCCGCUUUCCGCUCUUUUAGAACUAACAUGAACACUCGCUUUUUCCUCUCCUUCUUCCCGUACCCCUCCCACCCUCUUUUCUCCCAGGCUCCCAUGCCCUGUCCUCCCCCACUGUUAGGUGCUUAACCUUACUUUAACGGGAAAUUGUGCUGUAAAAACCUGUGUGCGUCUCUCUCUCGUUGGCGACUGUGAUGCGUUCCUUGUCUUCGUUUCUUUAUUAACAUAAUUUCAUUGCGUUCUUUUUCAGGUUCAACACGGAGAAGAACUGGAACAAUUAAAGCGUGAUAUGGCUGUCGUUCUCCAGGCUUCCUUAGGAGCUGUUGCCUCCCCCGCCAAGGACGACUCUAAUGUCCAGCAACUCAAACAGCGAAUCAAAGAACUGGAGGAUGAAACAGAGGAGCUAAGCAGAAAAUACAACGAGGAGCUCAAGAGCGAACGGGUAAGAAGCACAACACGCGCUGAAACUAAAUCACGUUCACUCGUAUAGUUUACUCAGCGGUAAUUAAUCUAAGACAAAAACGACCACGAAAGCGAGAUUUUUUCAAUACUAAGUACUGCUCGCGCGUGAACCAGCGUCAUUUUUGCGGGAAAAUGUGGUAGCCGUCGUCAUUCUACUACGGAUUUUAGCGAGAAUGUCGUAGUGGCGGGAACAGUGAACAGUCAGAAGUUUUAUUAUUUUGCGAUCGGGAGAAGGCUUAACCUCCUUCAAUAAAAAUAACCGUGCUAACUUUUCUGGUGAAAAAAGUACUAUGAAGCUUUCCUUUGUGUAUCUGUUUUGAGAAUACGCGGAAAAUACUUCCAGUUAGAUCUCGUCCUCUUCCUGCAUUAAGCACAACGUUUUUGGGAAACAACAAACGACGGAAGUGACCACCUGAUCAAUUUUUCCCGCCAUUUUUCUCCUUCAACGUGAGGAGGUUGGUUUUCGCGUUCAUUAAAAGCUGAGUACAAACUGACUUUUUUCCUUUUUUAAAUCUUUUUUACAGGAAAAACAGCAGAGGGAUCUGGAGCAAACUCGAAACGACAUGAUGACGGUAAUUCAAGCAAUAAGAUCAGAGAAUUAUCGUUUGGACUCUGAAGAUGGGGUCGGUAGCCAAAAACCCAAAGAACUACAGAAUGAGCUGACAAAAAUGCGUGCCGAUUACGAAGCCAGAAUCGCCGAACUACAACAGAAGCACGAAGAAGUCUUGCGUGAAGCCAAGAAAUUCAGGUCUUCUGUGCCUCACGCUACUUUGGAAGAGGAAGCCGAGGUAUAGGCCUCCUUAUAGAUGUUACUUAUUCCGAGAGAUGACAUUAGGUAUCUUAAGCAGCAAAGUUUUUGAGCGACGCACGUCAAGCUUUUUUUCUCUUUUAAUAUGCCUUGACGCCGCAAAUUUGUAUGGCUAAGUGUCUUUACUCUUAUAGAGACAAUUUGCCUAAAAGUUUGUUCAAAUCACGGCUCAAGUGUGCAAAAAGUCCACUCCCGUUGACAUGCGUCGCUCAAAAACGUCGCUGCUUAGACUCCCUAAUGAAUAGAAAUGUAACUCCAUGAAAUGGUGCUAUAUAUUUUAUAGUUUGAACAUCACGCCACCCCUUUGUGAAAUGUACUCUGGCUGGCUUAGGGUGUUUUCAUUCUGCAAUAUUGCAGCGGUAAUCUCAUUUUACGUCUGCAGCAUUUCGUGCAACAUAUCCCGUAGCCAGAUAGCAAAGUCCACUAGCCCCGGGCUGUUGUAUGAAUUGAAGUUUAAUGAAAACAUAUUUUGAGGUAGGGCAGUAAUUAGAGAGGGGUUGCGUAUUGGAAAGAGGGCGUUAAAUUGAAGGCAUUACCAUAGUCCCUCAUAUUCCUCAGGGAUAGUUGAGUGAGCGAAAUAAGCGAGCCUGCGUGAAACUUUUUUUCUCUUUCCUCCGUCUGUCACCUUCCUCGCGGGUCGUGAUUAACACGUGCGCUCGCGUAUUUCGCUCGCUCUGCUAUCGUAUCGUAUACUCGUAGUCUACAAGGAGGGGUGCAGCAUGUAGCCUUUCCCUCUCCUAUGUCACGAGCUAAAUUUUGUUCCCGUUUGUCUGAACAUUUAGAGGGACUCCCAUCUUGGCAAGCGCAUCCAGGAUCUAGAAGCUGAGUUAGCAACCAGCAAAGAAGAGUUCCAACGUCAGCUGGAGCUGAAAGAUAGCCAACAUGAAGAGGAAGUGAAUCUACUCAAGGCAGACAUGCUGGUCGCCAUCCAGGUGGCGCGGAGCGGUGCCAUUGUCUCAAAUGACUCGAGUCCGUCAGUCUCCCAGGAAGUGUCUAAAACUGUUACGCGUGCGGGAGUACAGCUGUCAUUAGAGGUACGUUAUACGUUGCCUUAGCCAGGUUUCAAGCAGUAAAUUUAACACCGCAGUGGUUUUUGUCACACUUAUAAAUUUUAUGAUCAUGGCUGAAUUUUUAGAUUGUAAAACAUCGGUUUUUCUCAAAGUCACUGCACGCAAGGCGUGAAGCGUCGGGGAUAAAUUCUUGCGCGAACCGCACGAGCCGCAAUUUCCCCAGUCUCAUUCUCGAGUUCAAACUCGUCCCAGACGUACGAUUAGUUAAAAAAGGGCUUUUUUGCGGUCUACUAAGUUUUGUGAGCAUCAACAAUUUAAUAUCUACAUCUUUAAGAGGUCUUAGCUUUUACUGUGGACUGCGAGCAGUUCUCCCUCUUUCCUCAAAGCCACGCGCGGCGAGCGUCGCGUAAGAGACUGCUCGCAGUCUAGUUUUACUGGAUGUUUCGUCAGCGGAGGUGUAACCCAUGAACUUUCGGUAACUAGUUGGGGUACCCUACCUCCAAGGUAAUAGAGACCUCUCGGGGCUAGGUCGGGGUUAUAGUUCUAAGUACUAGAAAUGUACGAAAGUUGUGAUCUUCUUAUCGCAGGAAGCGGUAGCCAGAAUUGAUGAACUUGAAACGGAAGUUGAAACUAGCAAAAAGCAAUUCAAGAAAGAAAAGGCAGAAUUGGAAAAAAGCUUGAAGAAAUCUGAAGCGGCCACCAUGUUUGGACUUAGAAGGACCGAGGAUAUGAGUAUUAAGAUUUAUCAAAUGCAGAAAGAGAUGGAGUCCAUUGAUAGAAAGUAUCAAAAAGAAAUACAGAUGUACAAAGACGCUUUUGAACGUGACAAAGAAGAAAAGUGUCAGAUGGGCGACUGGGAAACUCUUGCUUCAGAGAACGACAGUCUGAGAUUGGAAAUCGAGGAACUGGAUUUGAAAAUUGAGGAGAUGGAAAGCGCCCACAGUGCUGAGGUUAGCAUGCUGAAGCAAAAGCUUGGCGAUGAAAAAAUACUAAACGUAGAGGAUUUGAGAUUAAAAAUUAAGGGCUUGGAGGAUGUGAUUGAAGAGCAAAGAUUGGAACAUGAGAAAGAGUUAGAAGAUGUAAAGCAGGAGAGAGAUAACUCGCUUCAAGAGGUCAAGCGAAGACACGAAAAAGAACUUGAAGCGUUGAAGCAGGAGCAGCGAGUGUUGAACGGGGCGAGCGCAAAAGCGGCGCUUGUUAAUUCAUCAGAUUUGCGGGAAAAAGAGAAGAAGAUUAAAGAUCUGGAAUUUAAGGUCGAAGAACUAGAAACUCUUCUCGAAGUUAAGAGAAGAAGACAUAAAGAAGAGAUCAAAACUCUCCGUCAGAGAUUGGAUGAUGAGCUUCAAAAACACAGCGAAGAUGUGCGUUCGCACCGCACUAAGGUGCGAAUGUUGGAGCGCCGAAAAUCCGAACACUCCAUCUCAUUAGGAUUUAACAUGGAGGACGAUUAUAAGAAAAUGUACGAUGAGCAAAGGUCGGAAAAUAUCAAGUUGAAGUUCACAGUCGAAAAGCAAAAGAAAGAGUUGGAUGAGUUGCGAACUCAAUUAGCAGAAGCAGCCCAAGUUGCCGAAGCAGCUAAAACAGCUGCAGCUGUGGAAGAGAAGCCGGAGCCAGUGUUUGAAAGACGAACUCCGCGUGGUAAGCGAACUUCUAAAUCUUUGCCUGCUUUUAAAUAGUGAACAUUUUAAGUUUUGGCCCUGAAAUCUAUCUAUAGUAACAUAAACCAGUCAGUUGUCCUCGAUCGAAGUCUGGUUUACUUUUUAAAGGGGCUUUGUAACAAGCAUGUUGCUGUUUUAGGUCACUUCUGUCCUGAAGUCAGUACUUAGUACCCUUACCCGUGAACAAAACGCUCCUGUAGAGUUGUAAAGAAGAACAAAUUUCAUCAGGGAACACAAACCGUAAUAUUUUUUGUGAUUUUUUUCAAGUUUCAAUCCAUGUCCAACCUUGCUAUCCGAUGUAAAAGACUACAGGAAACAGUUUCAAUGCCAAAAUUUAGUCUGAAAUAACGAAACUAAACCAUAAUCUUUGGAAUUCAGUUAAGGCAAAAAGUUUUAGUUUUUUAAAAAGAUAGUAGAUAACCCCUUUAACUCACUGUCUUCUCACGUUUUCAGCGGAUUCACGCCGUCCUGUGUCGGACUCCUUCGCUGCUGGCUUUUCCUACAGUCGGGGAACCUCUGCUCAGGACACUAAUACCAAGGAAACUCUAAGAAAGACCUCGUCAGAUGCUCCGGCUGUUACUGAUCCUGUCUGGAAGAGACCUUCAGGUGGUUCUCUUCCAAGACAGACCUCCAGUGAUGCUGGAAGAACGAAACCCUUUUUAAGGCAACUUUCCAAAGGGGUGAGUAAAUUGGAUAAGUUUUAUUAGGGAGUCUAGGUAACAACUACAGCGACGGUAACGAAAACGUCACGGCCGAAAAAGUGUCUUCGCUCUCAAACUUCAUCGCGCUUAUUCCGCCUCGUUCAAUUUGUCGAAUGUAGGCGAUUUUUUCUGGAGUUGAAUUCUAAAGGACUGUAUCAAAGUUCAUAAAGUUAUAGGCGCAACUCGGAUCAUUUCAAAUUUGAAAGCAGCUGCUAUUUAAACCUGAAAGUCACUAUACUCAUUCGUCAGUUAUGCCUCACCGUGACUUUGCUAUUUAACGUUUCAUCCAUGUACUCGAAAGUGAGAGACAUUUGCUACAAAAACUAGUUUCAUGGCCUCAGCUUUGGUGAAAAAUAUGCACAGUGAAGCUAUCCGGGGUGUCUAUUAUUUGAGAAUACGCGGAAUAACUUAGUUAAAUCUCGUACUCGUAGUUGUUCUCGUCCUAGAAUCUAAAGGCCUCUUAUGAGCCGAAACUACCUACGAAUCUCCUGUAGCUCAAAAUGGAACUUCUGAACUAGUAACUAGUAGGUCAGAGGUUCGCCUGUGUAGAGAACUCCGAUUUCUUUUUAUCCGAGUCCCUUGUGCCACUGACUGAAAUACAGUUCAUGUAUGGAGGUUCUAUUUGAGCUUGAAGGGGUCGUGAAUAUUUAAUGUCUAACUGUUGGUUUUCAUCUGUUUAAUAGGUUGAAACGUCAGGCAUGGGCUCUGUAGCUGCUCGGGUAGCCAUGUAUCAAACUGCGGGUAAGGUUCGAAUCAGUUCAAGAAUGGAUGUGCUAUUGUGCUAAGUACUUAAGAAAGUCAUUACAAAAACCAGUUUGGUAACCUGUAAGAUAAGAUGCUAUAAGGCCUUGUACAACAAAAUAACAACGAAAUUUAAAACAAUAAAAUUGCUAUUUAGUGUUGUAAACCCUUAGACAGGAUAAUGUGAUUUUGUCGCACCGCUUAACCAGGUCAUAAUCUUGCUUAGCAUUCAACUGAAUAUUUUGAGCAACCGAUUCUUGAUCCGUAACAUUAUUCAUUGGUAUGUUCUCUGUCUUUCUUAAUAUUUCAAAUUUUGAAAAAGAGUGGAGUCAUCAUCAUGGUAAUUAUAUUUAUCGAAAAUAGAUUUCUAGAUGUAUGUCGAAUUUCGUACUAUUGUCCUUUCCGAUUUCUCAAUACCCGCCAUGUUUUUUUUCCAACAGCUACCAAGUUCAAAGGCAAAGAUGGACAGGGAAAAUAGAACAAACAAAGCCAUGAUUAAUAUUUGCAGGUAAACACCCAUAUCAUUGUUUCGUUUCUAAACGUUUUAACUUCGUCAUGUCUGUGCAGUUUUGGGAUUACCACUCUUGUAAGGGCUCGAAAAUUUUUCUUAAGUAUUGCCACACGUGCAUGGUGUUGGCCAGCCUUAUCCAACAUUUUGGAUGCAAAAUGCUGGAUACGUUGGAACACCUUGUUGAAUGGUACAGCAAGUUCUUGGAUCACUGAUCAGAUUUAAAGAAGUUAAGACUUUUGGACCCUUUUUGGCUCUUCGCCUUUUGUCCCCGAGAUUUGGUUUGGUAACAAAUAAAGAAGCCUUGACUUUUGUGUGCUCUGUCCUGUUGUGAAGCAAGCAGGAAGCGGCUAGAGUAUGAAAGAAGUGUAGGUGGAAACACGAGACGUAGUCGGGUGCUUCUCCCUACUUCUUAAGUGCUUUACAACAGAUCAGAGAACUGUCAAGGCUUCUAUAUUUGUUUUCUGAUAAAGAAUCCGUUACACUCCCCACGCAUUACUUUCUAAUUGUCAAAACAAACUAUUGGAAGAUAGCGUGACAGCUCUAGUUCUGUGUUUUAUACUCUCGUAAAGCAUGCUUUUUCAAACAAUCAGAGUGCGCGUUAUAUCUGAACUUAAUUAUAACAAACAAUAAAGUUACAUCUUCGUUGCUAAUAUUGAUGGUUUGGCUUUAUAGUGGUUCGUCUGAUGUUGAUAUUCUUUUCUUUUAAUUUUCAGGCCAGAAUGUUUGUCGUAAUAAGAAGUAUUUGCCUCAACGUUAUAUUAUUGAAAUCCUGAAGUUAUGUACAGUUAAAGUAAAAUGUUUGUAAAACGUUUUAAGGUACAGCCGUGUAUGUAGUCCCCGACAGUCAUGUAAUAAAAAUUAACGACUUGCGAGCGACGACAGAAUGAAUUUGUAAAAACCUCGGAGAUAUUUUCACUUAAGAGUGUUACACGCCGAAAACGUGAAAAACGUAUUUUUCUAUGGAACUUGGCUAUUUUUGUAAAAGGUUUCUAGUGUAUUAGAUGGCAAGAGUCAUUUUCGUUGUUUGGUUUCACCGGCGCUUUUUUUUAGUGAAUAAAAUACAUUUACCAGUA